ACACUUCCGAUUCACCAAUUAUCAUAAACCUUUUAUAACCAACUAAAUUUUCCUGUACAUCUUGAGGUGGGUCUGAUAUGGCCGGGCCUAGCAAUUAGCCCAACAGCCGAACAACGUCAAUCCAACGACGUCGUCUAUACCGCAUUCGAGCCUUUUGCUCUAUCCUCUGGCUACUUCAGUCGUCGUCCCGAGAGCACUGUAUCAUGGCGCAUAAGCUUUCAAACGAGGCUGUUCUGGAGCAGCUCAAGAAUGGAUUUGCUCAGUUCGAGCUCGUCUCCUCCCCACUUCUCUCGAUUUCCGCGUCCAUUUCUCAGCCAAACGCCACGCCGUUCACCGGAGACCACAGUCACCGCUUCUUCGCCAGAAUCGGACCGCCACUAGGCAGAGGGUCUUCGGCCAUGAGGAAAGUCGAACGCUACUCCGUUCAGAGAGUUACCGGCGAUGGACGCUGUCUAUUUCGUGCCCUGGUAAAAGGAAUGGCAGCAAAUAAAGGGUCUCCUCUUAGCCCAAGGGAAGAGAGAGACAAUGCAGAUGAGCUACGGAUGGCUGUUAAAGAGGUUAUUUGCGAGAAUGAGGAAGAACGUCCCCAGUAUGAAGCAGCUUUAGUGGCAAUUACUGUUGAUGAACCCUUAAAACGUUACUGCCAGCGAAUCCAAAGACCUGAUUUCUGGGGUGGAGAAUCAGAGCUACUGGUGCUCUCAAAAUUGUGUAGACAGCCAAUCAUCGUCUAUAUUCCAGAGCAUGAGCACACAAAUGGUGGAAGGGGUUCUGGUUUCAUUCCCAUUGCAGAAUACGGAAGAGAGUUCAGUAAAGGUUCGAGAAACAGAAAGCCCAGGAAGGCCGUGAGGCUCUUGUUCAGUGGCAGGAACCAUUACGAUCUGCUUGUAUGAGAGACAAAGAGGGAAAGCUGCAAUUCAUUUUGUACUUGUAUUCAAGAUAGACCAUUUUGUUACAGGGAAUGAUAAUAUAUCUUUUGUUUCUAUU